AUGUCUAACGGCAAACACCCAAACCUGUCAUGGAAUACAGCUUGCGAACUGGCUCAAACUGUGUUUGAGUCAUACAUCCAGGUUAACCGCGAAAGAUACAGGCUUUCCAACCACCACAUGUCCUAUUUCCAACGGAACGUUAGUUGGGAGCUGAACGAGGGUCAACUUGACUUGGAAAUGGCAUUGAGAGACAUACCAGAGCGUGCCUUUACUACUGAGAUGGGAUGGAUGAUAGAAAUGCGCCUCAUUUUUCCUCUAUUGCAAAUGAAGCAAAAUCUUCGUGAAAUCAGUGAAUUAGUGAGUAAAGCUCGUGGAAUUGCGUUCAAGCAGGACAGGCUUACCUUCUGGAAACAGUCGGACAUCCGGGAUCGCCUUGGGCAGCCAUCAGUCAUGAUGGUCGACUAUGAGGGACACAUGUCACCCGUCCUUGUAACUGCUACAGAAGGGAUUCAACAAGACGAGAACUGGAAGUCAUUACGCGAGGCGAUACUUGAACAAUGUAGAGAAGCUCACCCUAAACGUGUCCCUGAGAGUGCCAUUCCGGCUGCCAGCCUCCCACUGGCCACCACCAACAGUUGCACGGAAAUCAUGGACGCGGGCUCGGAUGGAUCAGACUCCACUGCAGAAGCAGUGUCUGGCCCAGCUAUCGAGAUGACCAAGGGGAAAAGCUGCAUGAGAGAGGCGGGUGGUAAGGAGCCUCAGCUGGGGGCAGGAAUUGGAGGGACUCAUUUGGAAUGGACGAUGCCGGACCCAUUGAGGGUCAUCGUGGAUCAAACUUCUGUGCAUACGAACACGGCAGAUAACAAGGCGCUUGAUGGUCUGCAAAAAAGGGCCACAAUGCCAAUGAGUGCGUUCCACCCAGCAAAAGCCACCACCACGAUGUCCACCGACUCACCUGGUACCACUUCCUCAGCCUUAUCACCCAGUUCAAACACGUCUCCAACUGACAGCAAUGGCCAUCAUGCUGAUCCCACAGUUCCAGCCACAUCUUCGCACCAAGCCGCACUGACUCAAAUGAACUUGAGUCUCUUGGAGGAACUGAGCUCCUCCGAGCGAAACCUGGACGAGCUUUCAGGCCUACCGACGACAAGUGGAACGGCAAUGUCAAUGUCAUCAUAUGCUGGAUUGUCCACAUACCUUACACCGACUGACAUUCAGGAUAUUAUUCGGUUUGCAGAUGCAUGCGACUUCAAUGAGGACCUUUUUCACAGCGUGUUGAAGUCGCACUUCCACUGCAGUGAAGAGGAUAGCCACCUACUUGUUGGUUUAGCUGCAGCAGGGCGACGCAACACCUAA